UUCUUUAGUGCUGGUAUUGGUCGAAGUGGUUGCUUUUGCCUGAUUACUGCUUUGGUUACUGAAAUGAAUAGUGGUCAUGGCCCUCGAGAUGUUGCUCAAAUUGCAGGCACUGUAAGUCAGCAGAGAAAAUUCCUUAUUCAAGAAAAGGAACAGUUAAAGUUUUGCUAUGAUGCUGUACUUUACUAUGCACAGGAUCUUCUUAUGAGAAGAGGAAUUUUGACUACUCGAGCUUCAUUCGAUGACAAGUUACCUGGAUCUGGCUCUACCAACUCGCAUGUCCGUCAUCCAUCAGAAGAUUUUAUUUUAGGCAGUGGAGGUCUAGCAAAAUUACAAUCUGGCAUAGCAAGAAUGGGAUUAUCAUCAGAAAAUGUUGAUAUAGAGAAAAACGUUUCCAAGUCUGAACCUUCUGUGAAUAAGAGUUCUCUUCCUGUCAACAAUGGUGAUGUUACUGCAGAAAAUUCAGCCGAAACAUCUACCACAGAUACAGAGCUCAGUAGUGAACCAACAGUAAUUUCAACUGAUGCUGAAAGCCCACCAGCAGACAAAAAAGACUCAAUUGAUAAGAACCUUCCAUCUAUAACAAGUAUAUUAGAUCCAUCAAAUUUUACAUUAGAAUCUACAAGCUCACCUGCUAAACGAAAAAUUACAAAAGAAAAUUUUGCCACUUCCAAAGGAAGUUUAUCUACUUCAAGCAGUGAUAGUGCUGAUCCAUUGAGCCAGUUGGAUCCGCUAUGGUCUCUUAAGAAAUAGUAAUUUUAGUUCACAUUAAAAUUGCUUAAAUUAUUUAAAGUGUCCUAUGUAUAUAAAACGAAUGUAAGCUUUCUUUUUUUACAUCCUUUGUCUCUGUCAUAAAAAAAAUGUAUAUAUUUUAAUACGUUUAUGUUUUGCUGAAUUUCUGGUUAUAUAUCUAUAUCAGAUUAUCAGUGCUCUUAUUCUAAUCCCCCCUGGUAUUCUGUAAAAGAAAAAGAAAGAAAGAAAGAAAAUGGACAACAUAUUAUGUAAUCAUCAACUAUACUGUUUUUGAAGUAUUUGUGUAAACAUUAUUAUUUUAAACUUGCUUGUAUCAAAUGUUGCAUUGGGUAAUUUAGAUGAAGAAAAGUGUUCUAGUUUGGAAUUUAAAACUAGGCAAAAUUAAACCUUUUGUUAUUGUUUUAUAAUAUAAGAAAAACCAUAUUAUUUUGAGAUAUAUGAUGGAAGUUCCUCUUCUUUGCUCUUUUGCAAAAAAAUUCUGAAGAUUUCUUUUCUCUGUCGUUUUUAUUUUUUCAAUAAACUAUAUUUAAUAUGUCAAAGCAGUAUUGAAGUUUUAUAGUUUCUUAAAAAUUAUUUCUUAGUUUGAUUUACUUUUGUAAUAAAGCAUGUUUUUCUCGGGGAGUCUGAAAUUACUUGUUAUGUUAGUCUUAUUUGAGCAAAGUAGUUUUUUUAAAAUAAAUUUUGGUGUUAUAAGAAAACAUAGUUAUUAUUAUUUUUAUAUUUAUUUGUGUAGGCAAAUGUCACAUUCAGUUCAUAAUCUUAAGAUAAGCUCUGUGAGACAAAUUUUAUUUAAUGCUAUUGCUGUAUGAUUUAAGUAAUCUAUUUUUCCUAUUUGAUUUAUAAUAUUGUGUACAUUCUUGAAGGAAAUUGACUGGCUGAAUUACUUUUUGUUCGUUUGUAGAUGAAAUGUUCAGAAAUGUUAAAAGAAGGAACAGUGAAAGGUAUUUCAUAACUAAAACUUGAAUUUAACAAUAAUUCAGGCAUUAGUUCUAAUACUGAGAAUUUAUUAAAUGUUUUAUUGCUAAAGCUGAAUUGUGCUUUUUGUGAACUGCUGCAUAAAUUAAUUGCUGAAUGUUCGUGUGUAUUGAUUCUAUUAUUUUUUGUAUAAAUCAUUACCUAAGGGACCAGUUUUAUGCUUUCAGCCAGAUAUUGUGCCUCUUUGUAUUGUAAAAUAGUUAGAGCACAUUGCUAUUUGUAAUAACUUGUACAUAUUUGUCAAGAUUAAAUAGAUCUUAAUUUAUUACUUUGUAAUUUUUAAUGAAACAUUUUUGUUUGAUUCAUUUAUCUAAAAUGUAUAUCUCAUUUAAUUAACUUCAUAUUAUGUGCAGUUUUAAAAAUUUUAUUUAUAUAAAGAUUUUUAUUUUCUUAGUAUUCUAAUAUUUUGUCAUUGUCUAAUAUUUUGUUUUAUAUAAUUUACAAAACUGUAUAGAGUUCCUGAUAUUACUAAAUUUACAAGUUAAAAUUAUUGCAAAAAUAUGAAGUUGAAAGCUUAGGUUAAAUGUUUUCAUUCUUUGCAGAUUGCUAUAUCUUUUUUUUUUUCUGUGCAUUUUAGCAAGGGAAUUGUUUUGAAGUUGUAUUUUGUUUAAUUAGUUUUAAUAUUUUAAUUAGUUAUGGCAUGAGAGAUUUAGUACAAAAUGUCAGGACUUCAUUUAAACAUGAUCUAAAAAGAAUGCAGUUCAUUCACAGUGUUUCUUAUAGCUUUAAAUAAUAGCAAAAAUAAUGCAUUUUAAAAAUGGGAAAUUUAAAAAAAAAUUACAUUUGUAGAUAAGGAUAGUUUUAGCAUUUGCUGUGGCAUUGUAAUAAAACAGCGCAAUAAUGGAUGCUUAGUUUUAUGAAAUUUCUAAUGUCAUAAAUUUGGGGUUUGUGUUAAAUGAGGUAAUGGACUUUAUGUUUUAAAGUAAUUAUUUUAAAUUUAUGUAAAUAUUUGUUUCCUAUUUGAGGAGGGAAAAAUUAUGUUUAAAAAGUGAGAAGGUGAAAUAAAGACAUAAAAUAAGAAGUGAAGGUUAAAUAAAAUGAUAUGUGAAAUGAAAAGUUUUAUUGCCAAUUUAUCAGCUAUCAAGAGAGGCGUUACUUUUAAUUUAUAUCAAAACAAUUUCCAAUUACAAUUUUAGAUCUAAUAAGUAGUUGUUAUCAGACAGUGCAACCAAUGCAGCUGAACUUGAAGAGCAGCAAGCAUUGUACCCAGUGAUAACAAAACUAGUGCUGGCUGUUUGCUCUUCCAAGAAUUGCCUCAGUUUUCUGUUAUUGGAAGGAAAAUUGCUUUUGCUGAGAUUUGGUUAUAAAAAAUAUUUUUAUUGAACAUUAUGCUAAACUUAAAAUGACUUAAGUUUAUAACAGACUGCUUCCAUUGGAAUUCAUAACACUUAUGAUUAUAUGCUUACUAUCAUACUGAAGAAAGAAAAUUGUGUAUAUGUGUUUGGAAGUGAUGGACUGAAAAUUCUCUUAUUACACGAAUGAUUGAAUUUUUUUUCAUAUGCAUGAAUAUGUAAUUUUUUUUGGUGCCAGUGUUAACUGAAUAAUGAAUAUUUUCUCAAACAAGAUGCCUAGGGAGGUCACACUAGCUUCUGAUCUAUAAAGUUAUAUUUGUAACAGCUGUCAUAAUAUGCUCAACUAUUUCUAUAGAUUAAUGUUUUUGUUUAUCUUGCAAGAUGUAAUCAGUAUUUUUUGUACUGAAGCUGAAGCUAUCUUUUAGAAAUUAGCUGUGAAAAGUAUUUAUUUUUUGUGUUUUAAAUUGCUGGCUGAAGUAUCUGAAAUCAGACUGAAGCUUUAAAAAAAAAAAAAAAAAACUUUUAAAGUCAACCUUGAAUGAACUUUAUUCUUCUAUAUGUGUCACAUGCCAAUUUUCUUAAUAUAUUAAAUAUCAAUUCUGAAUGAUUUAUUUACAUUGCAGCUUUAUUUUUAGAAUAUAUCCAUAAGUAUGCAUAUUGCAUAGCUGCCAAUUUUCCAGUUUUUCAUCACAUUUCCCGGUUUUUAUCCCUGAUUAAGGAAAAUCCUUCCCAGGAGUAAAUGAAAUUUAUUGAAUUAAUGAAACUUAAAUUAAGCUGAUUUAAUGAAAUUUAAAUCAGGCAAAUUCCAUUCCCCUACUUCUAGUGAUUUUCAGAAUAAUUUUUCGUACUAAAUUACAUUUGAUCUGAGUUAUCUUACUCUACUGUAGGCAUUUUUAGACUUUUAUAUGAAGAUUUAAGCAAUCUUUAAUCAGUUAAUAUUUGUAUUUAAUUUCAUUGUAAUCAAUAUUUGAUACAUGACUAAGUUUAUCCAUGCAAACACUAUGUGCAUUAUUUGCUUUUAUUUUAUAUCCCAAAAUAUUAAAAUAUUAAAAAAAAUACCCUUUUUUGUCAUCCAUGUAAUAUUGUGAUAUGUUCUGCAUACAACUGCAAGCAAGAAAAUUAUAGUUAUCAGAAAUCGACCAUCACAGCAGGAAUGAACACUAUUUAAGAAAAAGCAUAGGCUGUGCAGAAAUAUCACUUGUUAUCCGUAACUGGUAACAUCUGUUAAAAAAUUUCAUCUUCCCGCACAGAUAAUGUGCACAAACGUCACUUGUGUGCUAAUAUCGCAUCACUGCUGUGCAACGUGAAACCUUCCGAAUUUCUCACAGAAGUCUCCCAGUUUUUAAGAUUUCAAGGUUGGCAACUAUAAUAUUGUUUUAGAUGGCUUUUGGAACAUAAAUGCUGAAAUUUGGGAAAAUGUUUAUUUUAAUAUAAUAUUGAGUGAAACAUCAUGGAAAAAUAUAUCAGAUUCACUUAACUGUAUAUGCUGUAGUGAUGUGAGCUUUGAAGGCUGUAUUAAAAUUGUAUGAGAGCAGGACAGUUUGUUUAGCAUACAUAAUAUAUUAUAUAUCUGAAUUUACGUAUUUAUUGAAAUGAUGCAGAACAUUUAGAAGAAAAAUUAAUUUACUCUUGCGUUUAUUGUGCAAGAGUUCUUGAAUAAUCAAAAUUAGAGUUUUGCUUUAAAUGUGAAUUUUACAAAUUCAAGUAAUUUGAAUUCAUGAAUUUUUGUCUUUUCAGAUUAAAAUAAACUUUUUAGCUUAAAAAAAUUCGAUUAGGUUAAUAAAACAUCCCCAGCUGGUGAUCAUGUGGUUAAUACGUAUAAGUAUUGUUUUAUUUAAGUAAGGUUUGAUUAGUAUUUUGUUGGAAAUAAUUAUUGUGUCUGACAAUUGAUGUAAUAGGUGCAUGUUAACUUACUAUUAAUGUUUCAAAAAGUUCACCUUUCUUGACAUUACUAUCAAAUUGUUUUCAGGACCUGAAAAAAAAAAGUACAGAACAGAUAUAUAUAUAUUUUUUUAAUUCAAAUUAAAAUACUUUAAAAAGUAGUAGUUUCUAUCAUGUAACUUGUAACAUAAUAUGAGUAUAAUAAAAAAAAACUAUGAGUGAUAUAAAAAUCUAUUGGUGAAAAAGUUGAUUUUUCAUACGAACAUUGUAAACAGAAAAAAGGGGAGCUAAAGUAUUAAAAUGAAACUUAUUUUUAAAGGCUUAAAAUCUGGAUUUAUAGUGCAAUCAGGAAGAUAAGUUCCAUUUAACUGAUCUUUUUUUCUUAAUAAAUAAAUUGCUUACACAUCUAAUAAACAUUUUCUGUUUAGUAUCAAAAUAAAUGUACAACCUUCAAAAGUUAACCUUGUGAGACAUUCUUAAAAUGCAAUAAAACCUUUCAUGAUAACCAAUAGUAACCUUUUAAUAAUUUCAUGUUGAAAAUAAUACUAAAUCUUUACAAUAAUUGACUGAAUAGAAGUCAUUUGUAAGUGAUAUAUUGAAACAAAAUUCAAUUACAGUGUGAAUUUUAAGUGAAGUUGUUAUGUUUUUGCUGCCGUAUUUCAUUUUUUCCACUCUAAAUAUUUUCCUUGUAUGUAAUUAUAUAUAUAAAAAUUUCCAGUGUGCUUAUGCAUGUAUAUCUUAAAUAAUUGAAAGUUAUUUAUUCCUAACAACCUUCAUUAUACCAAGCCAGUUAAAGUUCCUGUUUUAAAUAGGUAUCAUUUUACAACUAAAUGGUUCUCUUAAACCAUUUAUGACUGAAUGGUUAAUCAAUCAUUGAAAUGUUGUGUAGAUUUGUGAGAUUAUAUAAUUUCAGGUACUAUGUAAUGUUAGCUUUGAAAUUUAUUAUUUUAGAAUUUUUCAAUGUGUUUUGUAGUAAGUUUUAUAAAUUAUUGUGUUAUGUUGUUGUUUUAAAAGCUUGAGUAACUCAAUAUAAUGUAAUAUGGUAUUAUAAUUAAUGUAAAAAAAAGACUGUGAUAUUAAACACAUAUGCAAAAGUU